AUGUUACCAUUAUUGGUGCUAUCAUUGCUUCUCGUGUUGGGAUCUUUCAGUCAUCCUACAAAAACAAGCCAAGGUGGCAAUUUGCAUGUGAAUAAUAUUCUAAAAAGCAGUAAGAGAUUAUCAGGAUAUCCUCCACUAUUUCCCGAGCACAAGAGGAUAAUACAGGACGGUCAAGUACCUUACUACGUUGUCGAAUACGCACCCCUGGUUCAUCUGUACUCGGAGGAGAAGUAUUUUCCCUGUGAUAUUGCAAGAUAUGUUGAUCACUUUCAUGCAGUCUUUGGUAAUGGCAGUGACGUUCCUGGGGGUCAGCAUUUAAAUAUUGGUGCCUUAUCUAAGUUAAACCAUUAUUCAGCGGCAAAAGAGGGUUCUGAGGUUUAUCUCAUGGCCAAUACAGAUUUUGACAAAAAUCCUGAUUAUAUAACUGGAAGGCACAAUAAACCUAAGUAUAUCAAUGGAGAGAUUGAAGAGGCACCUGCUGUGUUGAUUGUUGUUGAUAAAGGCAAUGGAUGGGUAGAUGCAUUCUGGUUUUAUUUUUACGGAUUCAAUCUAGGUCCAUUUGUUAUGGGAACAGGCCCUUUUGGUAACCAUGUUGGAGAUUGGGAACACUCGUUAGUUCGUUUCUACAAUGGCAGUCCGAUAAUUGUGUGGAUGUCGGCACAUGGAGGAGGCGGUUCUUACUUCUACAAGAAUCUUGAAAAACACUACAACGAUGACAAACGGCCUGUUAUAUUCUCUGCUCGAGGGACCCAUGCUAAUUACGCAUCAGUAGGGCAGCAAAAUCAUGAUCUUCCAUGGGCAAUGCUUUCGGAUUUCACUGACCGAGGUCCUUUGUGGGAUCCGACAAAGAAUUUUCUGGCAUACACUUACAGUGAUGGUCGAAUUACUUAUGCAAAUGGAUCUCAUCCUAAGAGGGAAGAAAGGUAUGGGGAUUGGCUAUAUUUUGAGGGAAGAUGGGGUGAUAAUAAACUUCCAAGCUCCGAUGAAAGGCAAAAAUGGUCUCCAUUCGAGUGGAAAUACAUUGCUGGACCAACUGGACCACUAUCAAAAAACUUGGACCGCCUUAGCCCCUGCCAAAGAACGAAGUGGUGGAAUUUUUGGGACGGCUGUAACACACGAGUUUAUCCCAAAAUGGGACAAGGGAUAGAAAGUGAGGGGAAUAAUGGUUGUGGUAAUAUUUUCAGGGGUAUUAGGUCGGGAAUUGUUAGAAGCUUUGUGCAAACUAUCACCUGGGGAGGUUGGGGUUGUUGGGUUUUAGAUUUAAUCUACGGAUAA